CUCUGAUCCCCCACCCCAUAUACGCCCAGAAUGAUAACAACAUUUCUCAACUCCCACAUAAAAAGCCGCAAUAUUAACAAGCCCUGACCCAUCGAGGCAUUUUUCGCGGGUAUUCAUACUUAGCCCAGAGCCUUCCCCAGGUUAUGGUUGGCGAAGGCCGUAUUUCCCCGCACCUCGAAGGAGUGGUGCGUUGCUGCGCCAUACACGGCUGGGCGGCUGGGCUGGUAGGGCAGUACUGCUAUCUGACGAUUUAAUCCUUCCAAUAAGGGUCAUCUGUCAUGACGCCGAGUUAAGUAUUCAUCUCUCUCCUUCAACUGUCGUGUGAGCUCUCUCAUUUAUCUAUCAUCUCUCAUCUCCUACAUAAAGGCUGUUAUCACACAGCCUUCCUCCUCCGAUACCACCACGAUAGAGUGAGUUUGACGUCACCACCACACCUCUCACUCACGCAGCCUUCAAGACCCCGCAAACCCAUCGAUGCGCACAUCGAUGCCCACAACCAUCCACCAUCCGAACUAUCAUAUUAUCACUAUCUAGCCAAACUCAAAAUGUCGACUACUCCAACCCCACUCGUCCCUCCCCCCGCCUACACCCCCCGCGCCUACACCCUCCGCGGCCCCUCCCCUCCCCACGACAUCGAAACAGCAUCCAUCCUCUCUGCCGCCCCCUCCUACUUCUCCUCCGCCCCCUCCUACUCCACCAUCCCCCCCCGUCCCCCCCAAAGCACCUCCCGCACCCCCUCCCUAGCAGACUACUACCCCACCUCCUGGUCGCGCCACUCCACCCCCUCCUCGCGGCACUACGACGCCGUCGCUGCUCGACGCGCGAAGGCAGCUACGGAGCGCGAUACGGCGGAUCUGUUGGAGGCGGCGAGAGUGACGCGGGAUCCGAUCAGGGCGGCGCUGAUGGUGGUUAGGGAGAGGGAGGAGAGGGAGUUUGGGGUGGGGGGGGUGGAGGGGAGGAGGGUGAGGCCGGAGGAGGAUGGGGAGUUGGUGGGGGAGGAGGCGGCGGGGGAGGCGAGAAGGGAGAGGUUGAGGAGGGAGGGGGUGGAGGUUUUGGAGAGGGAGGAUAGGAGGUGGGAUUGGUUGCUUGCCCAGAUGAACGAUUGGGAAGAGAGAGAGAGGAGCUGGAACAGGUUCCGGGAGAAGAAGCAGAGGACGAAGAGGGAGAGGAUGGCCAGCAAGCUGGGGUUUGGGACGGCUAUGUGGAUGGGGAAGUAGGGCGCCGGCGCCGGAGCCGACGAGACACGAUUUAUGGACAUGAGGCGCUUUUGGGUUUGGGGUCUGGAUUGGGGACAAUGGGCGGAUUCGGAGGAAUGAUCAGAUUGGUAUACAAUGCGGGAUUUGGGGAUGCGUACAUACGGACUUGGACUGUAUGCGGACUGUACGAUGGAGUCGGGGUUUGCUAUGAAGGUUGGGAUCGGAACGGGAACAAUGACUUACUCGAGUGGGAUCUCGUGGUGGAAUUUUGUAUGUAGUGUGAAUAGUUACCAAACCGGUCGACUGUCACCCGGUAGACUGUCGCCCGGCCGGCUGUCAGUCAGCAUCACCGGGUGUGCCUUAGGUCAUCUGAAUCUUUCGUUUUUUCAUGAACCAUACAUGAAAGUCUGGAACCACCUAGAAGGUUAUUUUUUCUUAUUGUUUCCUAUAAGGUU